CUUUUUUUCUUAUUUAAUAUUUUUUUUUCUUCCCCAAUGACCAAACCCUAGAACACAAAAAAUACCAUUUGCCCAAAUCGAAAAAAAAGCGAAAAUUCGUUUGAUUUCUUCGAUAAAUCAAUCUAAGUUGCGAUCAACAACUUCAUAAGCUGAAAUAUUUCAUCAAUUUCAAGAAAAGGUUAUUGGUUUUGGUUUGGAUUAUAGUCAUGAGGUUUAAAAAAGGAAGUAAAGUUGAGGUGAUGAACAGGAAGGAUUCACCUGUAUCAUGGUGUCCUGCAGAGAUCGUAUCGGGUAAUGGACAUACUUACUCUGUGAGGUAUGAUUAUUAUACUUGUAUGGAAAGUGAAGCGAGGUCUGAGAGGGUUUCGAGGAGGGAGAUCAGACCAUGCCCCCUUCCUUCAAAGGGUGUGGAGAAUGGGCAAAGUGGUCAAAUUAUCGAGGUGUUUAAUGAUUGUUGUUGGAAAACUUCUAUUAUUGUGAAGGUUUUCAAUAGAGACUAUUAUUUAGUACACCCAACUGGAUGUUCACAGGAGAUUAGAGUUCAUAGAUCGAACACCAGAGUGCGACAAUGCUGGCAAGAUGAAAAAUGGCACUUGAUUGGAAAGGGAUCUGGAACGUGUGCGAAACCUGACCAGCUUCCUGCUCAAAGAUCUUAUAAAAAGGUGAGCAUUGUCUUAAGUGCUAGGAAUGGAUUUCAUGUUAGAGAUGGAGAUUUGGCUGCUCAGGGAAAUCUUAAAAGGAAGAAGUGUAAUGCUAGCUCUUUGGUGUUGCUGAAGAGGGUGCCAGACGAAUCAUCUAGAAACAUUCAGGAGGUAGUGGAAGGUGAGAGAGAUUUUAAGAGACGUAAAAUAGUUCCAGCUGCCUUGGAGGGGAACACACAUGAUAUUACCAGGUGGAACGGAAAUUGGAUGGAUGAGAAGUAUGUGAGUGCUUCAUUUAACAAUUGGUCUGAUGGAUAUUAUGGUUCAAACCCUGCAAAAAGAAGUGGUACCAAUGGCUAUUCCCCUGCAAGAAUUGGAGAAUCUAAUGAUUCUGAUAGUGAUGCAUGCUCUGUUGGUAGUUGUAGUAUUAAUCAUGAGAGUCCAAAUAAAAUUUCUAGUUUUUCAGCUGAAGUUCAUUGUCAAGUACCUGAUCUUCUGUGCAGUGAUGCAGAGUCCUUUCAAAGUUCAGCAGAAGAACAUGAGGAGGAAAGCUGCCGUGUUUCUUCGGAGAAAAAUAUAGCAGGGAAUAUUCGUGACUUGGAGUUGCAUGCUUAUCGCUGCACUUUGGAGGCAUUGUAUGCUUCUGGUCCCUUGAGUUGGGAACAAGAAGCGUUACUGACAAAUCUCCGCAUUGCACUUCAUAUUUCAAAUGACGAACAUUUAACAGAGCUGAGGACUUUAAUUUCUUCUGGAACUGGGCGACAUUGGGAUGCAUGCAUCCUUUGCCUCCUAAAGUCCAAAGAUGAUGCUUGCAUGUGCAGCACCUCUCCUGGCCAUAGAGAGGACUCAUGCAACGUCUGUCUCAGAUAAGACAAUUCAUGGCUUGUUCUAUUACUAUUUUACAGCUUCAUGAUUUGUUUUGUCUGGUUAAGUUCAACUUCUCUAGUCUGGUUUUUCCAAUGGAAGUGAAAUUAUAAGAUGUCAGACCUAUUUUAUAAGAUCUUAUGAUAUAUAUCUGUUAUUGCUAGCUAUUAGAUUGAAGUUGUGCUUACUUUUCCCUUGACAAUCAACAGACUUCCUGUACAUACAUAAGUAUGUGUUGUCUUUCUGUAGAACAUUAGUUAGAAACAUAUCUAUUUUUUGUUGGCUAGUGCGGAGAGAGAGUUCACAUAACUGAAUGUGGUUGCAGUUAAUGCCCUUAAUUAAAUUUAACAAUAUUCGUCACUUAGCAGUCGUAAGAGUUUUGGAUUGAUAGCCUUUGUACUAACAGGGUAAUAUUAUUAAUAUACAUUGCAUAUGCGAAAAAUGUAUGCUUUUCAGCACUCCUGUAUAGUUAUGGUUCUUUGAGCUAACAACACAAUUUAGCAUAUUCCUGGAACAUUUGGAAGAUAUUUAGUAUAGCAAGGUUAAAAGUAAAUUUGCUGUUUCCGCAGGCAGUACUUAUCUCAAUAUUGAUUCAAGAAAUACAUUUCUUUCUUUGAAGGAAUGUUUUACUUAUUAUACUUUUAUGAUAUUAUCAAAUAUAAAUCGAGAUUAUUAAUGACAAAAGUUGCUGCUCAUCAUCUGAACUUUCUUGAAGAGGUUUACGCUUGACUUAAGGUGUGUUUGGAACUGGAAUAUUUUUUGGAGAACAUUUUCAAUAAAUAGUCUAUUUUUAUUAUAGAUGAUGAUCCUUAUAAUGUUAAAAAGAAGGAAAUUUUUGGUAUUUGGUUGCCAGAAACUACUUUUCCGGAGAACAGUUUUUGCGAAAAGGGGAGAAUGACUCAUGUUCCCAUCAUCUCAACUCUUAACUAAUAGAUAUAUUAUUAGCAAUCUUUAAUACUCAAUUUUCAUCAAAGCACAACAGUUUUUAAUAAAUGUUUUCAGAAAACAUUUUCUGGAAAAUGACUUCUGUCAUUACCAGGCACACCCUUAAUGUGAGUCUCGCGUUAUAUUAUCUACUCUUGACCUGAUUUGUGCUGCUUUGAUCGAUGAGGGAGGACACCGUGGCAGUCUGUCCAGACUCCCGGGAGAUUGAAAGUCAUGUUUCCGUCUCUGCAUGUACUGAGGAUAUCUGGUUCAUCUGGAUAAGACAUUCUGUGGCAGAUCUACAAAGUUGUAUGGUUCUGGUGGAAAUAAUUUUAUUUUCCUUUUUAGCCUAUUGUUUCCUGGUGUUGUUUUUCACUUAUUUGUUGCUAUCAAAUGUUUUCAGUAGCUGAUGCAGAGUUGUAAAUUCCUCUCAUUUUUCUUGAUGGCUCAUACAUGAGGUAAAGAGGAUGUAACCUGUACUGUGUAAUUUACUGUAUGACAUCUGAUGUUGGCUGUUCUUCUCA